CCUUCACCGAGUGUAAUGUAAGCCAGCUUCUGGCUGAGCAGGACCCUCGGACCCAUUAUGAGCGCCAGCCAAAGAAGAAGAUAUCCCCCACGCAUUUCGAAUUGGUAUGCCCUAAUAUUAUGAUUUUACUGUUAGAAUUUGACGCAGGGGAUCCGGCCGUUGUAUUCAUAGCGAGGUCGGAAACCGAGGCAGAAAUUUGGUGUCAACAUUUGGUUGCAGCACAAUUAGCACCAACUUUACAACGAAUCGGCCUCAUCCGGGAUGAACUUCGUAAUUCAACUGGACGUGAUCCGUUGGAUUCGGGGCCCACCACCAUUCAUAAAGUCGAAAAGCCUUCCGUAACCGACGAAGGUAUUUUCCUCGCCGUGUCCAAACAUAAUCUUUUAACUUUAGUUUUAGGUUCGUCUGAUUUAAAAGGCAUUGAAAUCAGCCUAAGCUGCAGGGAUCUCGCAUGGGAGCCAGAAAGCACUCCGAAUGUACACAUUAUUCUUUCCUUGUGUACACCACCGGAUUCUGGAUGGAAGCGUGUUGGCACCACUGAAGUUGUAGAGAAAUCCUCCAGUCCCACCUUCAUGAAAACCAUUUACCUCCGUUCGGAACCUUUGAAUGAAAAGAGUCGUCUGCAGUUGGAAUUAGUGGAUUUGCGUGAUAUGAAAUCUGAGCUGGGCAUACGACUUGGCGUUGUCGUUACAACAGUCAGUCGUAUUACUGAAGGUGAGGCGUUAGAGCUGUCCGUUUGCGAUGCGUCGACUGGAUUGGCUUUGAAAUCACCUCUAAAUGGCAAAACUCCGAAGGUGAUCAUUCAAGCCCGAAGGUGCCAUCAACCUUCGGAUGCAACAACUCAGUCCGAGUGCAGUAUAACGACCUUGAGCACGGUGUGCGACAAUCUUUUGUCCAAGCGGUAUUUGUUUCCACAUACUUUGGGAGAACGGAUGCAUGUUGUGGAAUUUAUGGGUGAACCGAGGCUGUGUUUUGAGUUCCCAGUGGAGUACCUAAAGGCGCUGAUACCCAGAGAACACCUCUUAUACGACUCUUUAUCAAGGAUCGGCUCGUCAGAUCCACGUCUUGAAAGCUUUCGAAAAGAGCGGCUUAUCACGAUGAAACAGACGCUGGGGCAGUAUGAAGCCGCUCUACGUCAUUUGGUUGAUUGUUCAGGCACCAAAUUCAAACCCUGCUGGGAAAGAGCCAAUGCCCGUUACGACUUUGUACCUACAAAUCUGCAUGUGAACCAGGUAGCUCUCACGGAUGUUGAUGGACAGAUUGUGACUUUUCACAACAUUACCUCUGUUGGAGCCUUCACAACAUGUUCCAGAGCUUAUAAAGCCGGUGGCCUAUUCAGGCAGGCGGCCGACACAGCUCAUCUACCAUCUACGUAUCCACCACUGCGACUCUCUGCGUCCCAAGUGGCGCUGGAGUCACCGAUAGCAUCUGCCGCCUGCCUGUUGGAAACCUCUGGAGUGGGAAGAGCCAACGCACUUCUAUAUCGUGGUGCCGGAGCGUUGGCUGUUCUUCGCAGUGAUCUGUUGGGACUCGUACAACGAUUGAGUGCUCGAGAUCAGGCCGAGCCUUUGGCAGAAAAGUUACGAAAAAUGGUUGUUUCAAUGCAAAGCGUCUUUACCGACGGUCUUCUUAACAAGCCACGUGAAUCAAAUGCAAUCUUGGAAGACUUUAGUACUCUCUCAAAGCUUUUGUCCGAAUUGGAUGUUCUGGACAAGUCGGAGGGGACAGCUUCGCCAAACAAAAGCGAAUCUCCAGCUUCGGGUUCCGUGAAUGUCGCUCAACAGCGUGCCAACCUUAUUGCAACUAUAGACAAGGCAGGUGAACAGCUUUUGUCCUGUUUGGACAAGGCCUGGGAUGCUGGCUCUGAAAUUUUAUGGAAUCACGUCUUCACCGGUUUCACAGGCCUUAUCAGACCUGACCCAAACUUGGAAGUGGGCUGGAAUGCUAGUUCCUUGAUAGCAGAAGCUGAGCGAGUUUCCACGGCUAAUGCAACUGUAAAUGUGGACAAUGCGCUGACUGCUUUGUCAGUGAUAUAUGACGCGUUCAACUACAGGCAUCACGCUUGCCUUUGUCAAGCUUUGACUUCGGUGCUCGCUGCUCUGGUUUCGAUAGUCCCUCAUUGGAAUCGUACACGAUGGGAACAGGUUGCCGUGUGUGGGAUUCUAACCCAAUUCGAAGGUCUACUGAGUUGUUACGGUAACGAGCUUGGCAUGAUCGAAGAUUGGGCAUGGGCAAUAGAGCACCUGGCCAAUAUUCGCAUUGUCCUCAGACCGUCACAGCCUUCAGCUUUGGGAACUGAUCCCACUGGUUCCCAACGAACGACUGCAGUUGCUCGUAAGAACGAUUCAUACACGAUAUGUGCCAAAAUGACUGGUGUUCAUGAGUGCGAAGUAACUGUUCCUUGGUCCUCGUGGACGGUUGCACCUAAUGAGAUUCAGGCACGUGGACGCGUCCGAAUUCGCAUCCAUCCGGUUUCGUUUCUGGUGGGAAUUAAUGAGCAACAGAGUAUCGCCGAAAAAUUUGACAAAACCGCCGUACAACAGGCUAUAAAUAACCAGGGCUACGAGUGUUUAAAGGCCUAUUUUGAUCGCUACACUAAGCACUAUGGUGCACCACCUCGUACACCAUCCAACCAAGAUGUUUGCGAUGUGCUUGCCAAUAUACAUCACCUCGUUGAUCCUCCAGUUCGCAGCAAACCCAUAGAAAUACUUGAAUAUGCUUCGGAAAUUACGCAAGCUUUCGGUGGAAUCCGCUUUACAAGUUGCAAAUCUGCCAAAGAUCGCACCGGAAUGUCGGUAACGUUGGAGCAAAUCCGAUGGCUCAAGAAUGCAGAAGGAAUGCACGAAGGUCACUUCCAGACCGCUCUACAAUGUCUUCGCCAAACUGGUCUUCGAGUAGACAACGUAAUGAAAAAUACUGGUGGCAGAAAGUAUGCCUUCAACCGGUUACAGCUGCUUUAUUUUCCCCGACUUUAUCGUCCACCUGUGGGAACCUAUGCUCUUGGUGUAGCUCCGUGACGAUUUGCCUCCGUCUAUUCUUGCGUCUCAAACAAUCCGUCCUCUGUGAUAAACAGCUUUGUUUUCAUCACCCAUUCCUCUUGGUUUCCCUCAGUACUUAUUCUGUUUCAUUUCAUAAUCCAAUGAUUAUGACUGAUCGUUUAUUGAACUUGAACUCUCAACAUCACUCAGAUUUGUCGCUGUACUGUUUGCUCAUGCUCCAACUCAGG